AUGGCGGCCAGAGACCCUAAAUCCUCGAUUGGGACGGUGCAAAAGAUCGCGGACGAGGAUAACCACCCUCAUCGUUCGUUGGGCCAUGUUCGCCUGCGCCAUCAUGAAACCAAUGAGGUUAUUUUGGUCCCUACUCCGUCGGACGACCCGAACGAUCCACUGCGAUGGUAUGUACAAUGCUCGUCCCCAGCGCCCUUGUCUACCUCGUACAAGAUUUACAUUGCGGUUCUUGUCUCUCUAGCCAUGGUGAUGUGCAACUUCAUGUCCGCCGGUCCGACCGUCGCCAUGGUGGACGUCGCGGCAGACUUCAACUCGAGUGUGUCUCGCGCCGCCUACUUUUUCAACAACAGUGCACUACUGCAAGGAGUCUCCAAUUUAAUUUGGGUUCCGCUCCUGAACAAGUACGGUCGGCGGCCCAUCUACAUAUCAGCAUACCUGCUCUACUUCUUCAUGAUCCUGGGCGCUGGGUUAGCCAAGACAUAUGCUGGUGAGCUGACCACGCGCACCAUCCUGGGUGUGGGUGCAGGGGCAGGCGAGUGUCUCGCUCCAGUCACCAUUGCCGAUGUCUUCUAUCUCCACCAGCGCGGCUAUGGCAUGGCAAUCUACAACUCCGCCUUGAGCGCGGGUGUCUCCUUUGGCAUCAUCAUCUCUGGCCUGGUAACGAUCAACCACUCCUGGCGGGUUAUCUACUGGGUCGGUUGCGCGCUUGUCGGCGCUCUGUGGAUUGUGGUCGUCUUCUUCUUCCCUGAGACUGCAUUCCGUCGAACGGACAAUGUCGAUGACCUUUACAACACGCAGAAGCAUGCCGAGCAUGUCGAGUCCCGGGGCGAAGAGACACACUCCCGCAAGCAGAGCUACCUGCAGAGUCUGCGUUUCUGGUCCGGUCAGACAUAUACAGAUGAGUCCCUGUGGCGGAUGUUCAUCCGACCCUUUGGCCUCAUCCUGCUGCCUCCGAUCUUCUGGGCGACGAUCGUCAUGUCCGUGACGAUCGGCUUCCUCGUGGCGGUCACUUCGAACUUCGCCACUGCCUUUAGCGAAACGUAUGGGUUUGCUGCCUGGCAGAGCGGGUUAUGCUUCAUUGCCGGCAUGCUGGGCUGUUUCUUUGGUACCUUCGCCGGAGGGCCCUUCUCCGACUGGGUGGCCGACUAUCUCACCAAGCGCAAUGGCGGUAUUCGAGAGCCAGAAAUGCGUCUGCCCGCCAUCCUUCCGAGUGUCAUUGCUGCGCCACUGGCGCUGCUGCUGUAUGGCUUUGGCAUCGAUCGUGCCUGGCAUUGGAUUGUGCCGACCAUUGGCCUUGGUUUAUUGUCCUUUGCCAUCAGUCAGGGAACGAAUGUCUCGUUCGUGUAUUGUGUCGACGCCUACCGACCGGUGGCUGGAGAAGUCGCCGUUACUCAGCUUGCUUUUAAAUCCUGCUUCGGAUUCCUGCUAUCCUUCUAUACCAACCCGUGGAUCGCCGAAUCUGGCUAUGCGGCGGCCUUUGGCGCCAUGGCGGGCAUCUCGGGGGGUUGUCUGCUCUUCUUCAUUCCGCUGUAUUUGUGGGGGAGACAUGUUCGACUGGCAUCGAUGAAGUGGCCCUUCGUUCAGUUUGUCUUCUGGAAGGAUGAUCGGGAGGUGGGAGAAUAG